GCGGUGACGUGCUGCGGUGGCAGCGGGUGGACGACGACGCGUGAGGCGCGUGAUAUCCCGCGUCUUGGGAGCAGUGUCCCGGCCCCCAGCCACUCCCCGCCGCCGCCAUGUCCGGCCGUUCGGUCCGGGCCGAGACCCGUAGCCGGGCCAAAGAUGACAUCAAGAAGGUGAUGGCGGCCAUCGAGAAAGUGCGGAAAUGGGAGAAGAAAUGGGUGACUGUGGGUGACACGUCCCUGAGGAUAUUCAAAUGGGUGCCUGUGACAGAUAGCAAGGAGAAAGAAAAAUCAAAAUCUAAUAAUACAGCAGCCCGAGAACCUAAUGGUUUUCCCUCCGAUGCCUCAGCCAAUUCCUCCCUCCUCCUCGAAUUCCAGGAUGAGAACAGCAACCAGAGUUCUGUGUCAGAUGUCUAUCAACUCAAGGUGGACAGCAGCACCAACUCAAGCCCCAGCCCCCAGCAGAGCGAGUCCCUGAGCCCAGCACACACCUCAGACUUCCGCACGGAUGACUCCCAACCCCCCACCCUGGGCCAGGAGAUCCUUGAGGAGCCUUCGCUGCCUGCGUCUGAGGUUGCAGAUGAACCCCCCACGCUCACAAAGGAAGAACCGGUGCCAAUAGAGACCCAGACCACUGAGGAAGAGGAGGACUCUGGUGCCCCACCCUUGAAGCGAUUUUGUGUGGACCAACCUGUAGUGCCGCAGACCACGUCAGAAAGCUAGCACCUUCCGGCCCCUCGCCUCCUGGCCCCUGCCUCUAUUUAUUGCAUUCUGGUCUGGCCGAGCUCUGAUGCUGGGGUCCGGGCAAGCACUAGGGUCCAGAGCCUGUGCGUGGGAGCCCUCUGGGCUAGAAGGCUGACGGAGGGCGUGGGGUCGUCGCACCAUCUUCCUGUCCCUGACACUUGUGUCUGCUUGCUCUUGGGCAGAGGAGCGCUCACAUCUUUUCUGCACCCCAAGUAGGCCAGAGCAACAGGGUUCAUGUCUCACCUCCGAACCACUGCACGGAGCUGCUGGCGCCGCCACGAGGAGAAAGGUGUGGAGGGCACCCUAGAGAGAGUGCCUAGAUUACUCGAACUGAAUGGAGACUGUAGAGUAUGGACUGUGCCGCGGGGCCAGGCCCUGCAGGCUGCUGCUGGAAGAGGGACUGACCGGUAGAGAAGCGGAGAACACGGGAGAAGAGGCUCUUCCAGGAGGGAGGGGCUUCCACUGUGGGCAGGAGACCCACGGGGGAUCGCAUCCUUCCCUGAGGCAGGCCGGCCUCUGUUGGAUGCCCCAGCCGCUCCCAGCCCUGUGCCUGCCAGAACCUUCCGCUUCCUCACGCUCACUACGCACACGCGCAGCUUCCUGUCUUCACCUGUUUCAUUCCAGCAUCCCUGCCUCCUGCCACAGAAAACCCCAGCCAUGAUUGGAGGUUCUGACCACAGUACCUGCCCCCAGUACUCUUUCAGCUCAGACUUUCUAGAACGUUCCCUUUUCUUUAAAAUCUGCAUGUUUAAUUAAACUUUAUGAUUUUAUUUUUUGUCUGAAAAAAAGAGAAGUUUAAGAAAAUGGAAAUGGGUAACAGCAAGUGAAGACCUAUUUUAGCACUGAAUAGAGUAUUUUUAAAAUUAAACUAUUUGAAAUAUU